AUGCAUCUCAUCGCACUGCUUGUGGCCUUGGUAGGCAUUUAUUCUCCUGUCUUUGGCCAACUCAGCGACCCGGCGACCCUUGGUGCCACCAUUAAAGCGGACAAGAAAUACCAACUCCUCCCAGCCUGCGUCAACCAGUGUCUGUGGGAUAUUGGCGACAACGAUACUCCCAAGAUUGGGGGUGACUUGGCCAUUCACCUUUCUUGCUCAUCACCCUGGAUCAACGGUUGUUACUGUCGAGGAGCAAGUGCUUCUUAUGCUCAUUCAUUCAUUUCCAGCUGCGCCACUUAUCUAUGCUCGAUCCCGAAACAAAGCGAUAUCGAGGCUGCUACCAGCGUGUACCAGGGGUAUUGCAAGCAGGCGCUGGGCACUGCAUACAUACCCGAGGGUGUGGACCAACCUUUACCAACGAGCACUGAUACCCCAGGAACCGUACCCUCUCGCCCAAGUCCGACGCUCGCCAAGGUGGCCUCGUUGCAAUUCAACUCAAGCAGUGGCAUCUCUUCACCCUCAUCUGGCCCAGGAAGCGAUGAGAAGAUCGCGGGGCUGAGCAAAGGAACAUUCAUAGGCGUGGUAGUAUCUGCCAGCUGCUCAGUGCUUGGAAUGGUGUUUGUAAUUUGGUUCAAGAUCUAUAAACAUAAACAACAGAAAAGGAUACAGGCCGAGCAUCAGAUGGGAGUGCAAAGUUUGUACCAUAGAGCAAAAGCUUAAGAUGUGAUAUUUGAGGGGUCACUAGGAGCCUGGUAUUCUGUCUGGGUGGUGGUUGUAUUCUGCUGGUAUUUCUUUGCGUUGUAUCAUUUGUUUAUCUUGUGUCGGACGAUGUUUAUCAAGCUGAUCCUAUGUCCCUUAAUUUGGCGGGUGCGAUGUGCAUGUAUUAUUUUAUGCUUAUUUCUUGUCUUUAUGGAAAGCCUGUUUGGAAAAUAUGAGUUGAUCUUGAUC